AUGCAGGGGACCGGCGACUACUAUCAGAGGGCGCCGAGAUGCUGUCCAGGAAGGAACGCGAAUACGAACACCGAUACUCUGAGGAUAAGCGCGUCGGUCAGAGGGGCGGAAUUGUUGUGUUGCUGCUGCAGCUGCAGCACCGCCACCUCCACUAAGACGCCAGGCUUGCUGGCCAGCCUUGGGGUCUGCGUCCUCGUGCUGGGGUACACGUUGCUCGGCGCGUUCGCGUUCAUGGCCCUGGAAGGUGGUCUCAAGUCGGAUUCAACAAACGACUUACUCGUUCCUGGCUCAAAGUCCGAGGGCUCUUACGUGGUGCCGAGUCUCGACGACGACACCGCGGCCAUGGAGCUCAGGGCACGUACCGUUGAAAGACUCUGGAGCAUCACGGAGGACUUGAACGUGUUAUACAAAGAGAACUGGACCCGACUGGCGGCGAGGGAGGUGUUCGAGUUCCAGGAAAACUUGGCCCGCGGUCUCAGGAGAACUUCUUCGCAAUACGAGCCGGUUGGGACAUCCUCUCGAUCCAGGGAUCAUUCGAUGGACAGGAGACCGCAUCGUAGGUGGACAUUCAGCGGUAGUUUGUUGUAUUCGUUGACGCUGAUCACCACUAUCGGAUAUGGCAGCGUGGCACCUCGCACGGUCUGGGGUAGAUUGAUCACGAUAGUUUACGCUCUGGCCGGGAUUCCUCUGAUGCUGGUCUAUUUGAGCACCGUCGGAGAUGUUCUCUCGAGGAGCUUCCGCCGUUUAUACGGUCGGCUUUGCAGGCCCAGAAAUUGCACGAGGAAGCAACAGCCACCACCUCCACCGCCACCAGUCGGCGGCAUCAUGAGCAAGACGUACAGAUACGACAACCACGUGGACUCGAAGUCUGCUAAUUAUUACUCGGCCAGCAGGGAGAGCUCUUGCGACGAUCUGGGAACCAGAGGCACCAGUAGCGCGAUUCUGCUCGAUUGCGGAAGCGAAGGUCUGCUUCACGCUACUACGAGCUCCACCGCCGCCCUCCAAGAUGUAACAUCUGGUAACGGUAAACGCCACUUUCAUCCUUGCUCGUUGUCCCUGUCGACCAGUUCGUCGCCGGGUUACGUGGUGGAGACAAACGCCGUGAGGAUACCGAUCAGUCUCUGUCUGGUGAUCAUGCUGAUCUACAUAUGCGGCGGCGCGGUGAUGUUCAAUCGGCUGGAAGGUUGGAGCCUCCUGGAAGGUGGCUACUUCUGCUUCACCAGCCUCGGAACAAUCGGUUUCGGGGACCUGAUGCCGGUCGGAAGAAACGCGGCGUCCACCACCCUGGAGGAACUCAGCCUGUGCGCCUGCUCGCUCUACAUACUCGCCGGGAUGGGCCUGAUCGCCAUGUGCUUCAACCUCGUCCAGGAGGAGGUGGUACGCGUGGUCAGGGUCUUCGGUAGAACCUGCGGCAUGUCGUCGGGGGUGGUGGUCGGACCUAUCGGUGGUACAGCAGGUGCCAGUCCUGGGCUCAAGGGGGAGCUCGACGAUGGUGGAGGCACCAGCGACUCGCGAUUGUCCGAGCAAGAAGAAGAAGCAAUCGCCAUGUCCAUGGUGCCAGCAUCCUGACAGCAUCAGGCCAGGAGUCCCGGUGACGGGAAGCUCCUGGCCCACGCGUCCAACACUGCCGUAAAACCAUCGCCCGGUCAUCAUUCCCU